ACAAAAUAUUAAAACGUUUCAAAACGUUUGGGAAUUAUUUUUUAAAUAUUUUUGUAAUUUUUCAUAAACAAUUUCGAACCCAGCAAUGUUGUAAGCGUCCAACGUCGUCGUAGCCGACAAUGUUCUAUCACAUCGCUUUGGAACACGACGUUCUGCUGCAUCCUCGUUACUUUGGCCCGCAGCUGUUGGAUACGGUCAAACAAAAAUUGUAUCGCGAAGUCGAAGGCACGUGCACCGGCAAGUACGGUUUUGUGAUUGCCGUCACGCACAUCGAUAACAUUGGCUGCGGCCUCAUACUGCCGGGACAAGGAUUCGUCGUGUAUUCGGUCAAAUACAAAGCCAUAGUUUUUCGGCCAUUCAAAGGCGAAGUGCUCGAAGCCGUGGUCACCCAGUUGAACAAGGUGGGAAUGUUUGCCGAAAUCGGACCCCUCUCGUGUUUCAUAUCGCAUCACUCGAUCCCGUCGGAACUGCAGUUUUGUCCAAAUACGUCUCCGCCUUGUUACAAGUCCAAAGAAGAAAACAUUGCCAUACAACCGGAAGACACUAUUCGGCUGAAAAUCGUCGGCACGCGCGUGGACGCUUCAGGAAUAUUUGCAAUCGGUACUCUUAUGGACGAUUAUCUCGGUUUGAUUCAUUAACAAUCCCCGACAGACUCGAUUUCCACAACUGAAACUGCAAUCGUAUUCCUAUUUUUAUUUUUAUAUUUUGUCGCUCUUUUUUUCUAAUAAACGAAAAAAAUUAUUUUUAUUUAUCAAAA